AAGUUAUUAUAAUCGUCAAAUGCCCUUUCUAAAGAAAUUCUUCAAGAACAAUCUCCAACCUGGAGUCUUGCUUGCACUUUCCAGAAUUUUCAAGAAUCCACCCACAACAAAUUUACUCUCCCAAUUCACAACCCUUAUAAAUACCCACAAGCAUAGAAUAAAAUAUUCGACGAAGAAUUAGAGCCUAAAUUUCUGCCUUCCAACUUUGUCUUGAAGUUAAAUUCCCUAAAGAAAAUAUCUGUUUAUCCGUUAUUUUACGACCCAUUGUUUCCCGAGCCCUUCGGAUUUGGGAGUACUCCCAGUUCCUGCAGUAGUAGCAUGGACUGGAAGGAAACCCCAGAAGCUCAUAUCUUCAAGUUUGAUCUUCCUGGGGUUUCUAAAGAAGAUGUAGAACUCCAGGUUCAUGAUGAUAGAGUGCUGCACUUAAGUGCUGAAAGAAAAGACGAGGAUCAUAGUGGAAAGGGUAAUUAUAAAUGGCACUGCAGAGAGCGAUUUGAUUCUGGGAAUUUCUUUAGAGAGUUUAGAUUACCAGAAAAUGCAAUUGUUGAUGAAAUAAAGGCUUCCAUGCGUGAUGGAGUGCUCUUGGUGACAGUGCCUAAAGAUCAGCAUAAGAAGAAGAAGAAGAAGCCCAUGCAUAAGGCUGUGGAAAUUACUGGUGAGGGAGAAAACGCUGAAUCUGCUAAAGGAAUUUGGCGAUUUGUUUGCUGCAAAGCUUGAUUUGGAUUAUGUGUUCAAAAAUCAGGGCGUUCCAUUUUUGUUUAAAUAUAGAAAUGCUUGUUGUAAUUUGGUGAAUUGAAGUGUUUUGAGCUUGCAAAUAAUUUUGGUGUGGUUCUUGUUUCUGUUGAUUUGUAAGCAGAUAUGUUGGAUGUUUGAUAUGUAAUGCAUUUGUAAUAUUCGAAAAUCUCUUGUUUGCA